CCUUUUAAUCGUAUAUCUGUGCCCGUCAAGGCUCGGCUUGGAAGCUUUCCGCCCAUCCCACCUCCCAUGGUUCUGCAGCCCCCAAAGUUACGCGCACUUUGCUUUCGUUGGUGCUUCGAAAAUAACGUUGGUUUUCUCGGGAACCAUUGGCAAAAGCCUGCUGCGAGGUCUUCUGCGUAUAUCCACAUUUUCAAUGACAACCAGCAUGUGGACGUGUCUGCUGGCGACCUCCUUGUGCCUUGUAUACAGCCAUGCCAUGAUGGCGGGCAGUUCAUCGGGAGAUGCCUUCAACGCUGUCCCCAUCGACACCUCUCAGGGUCCUUCAAGCAGCAUCGGACGUUGCUCCAUGGACGAUCUUGUCGCAGGUCUCAGUAUGAGGGACCUGGAAGCACUGCUUGCCCGUUUUGCCAAGUCGGAGGGUACGACAGUAGUCGGUGUCCUCAAGCAACUCUAUUCGUCGCUCUUUGCGUCGAUGAAGAAUCGUGAUCUGGAAAGUGAGGGAAUGGAAACAAUGAAGCUGGAAGCCCUAGCCAUGGAAGAGAUUUGUUCCGAAGGCGUCCCAGCUGAUCGUCUGUCCCCUCGGUACCAAGUGAAUGGGGCCCGCGGGAGUCCCAGUGGGUUCGCGCCCGGCACAUUCGAAGCAGGCAGCAACGCUUUUCUGCCGCCGAACGAGUUAGCCCCUAUGCCUCCCGUUCGCAUGAUGCUGCGGCCACCGCCCGGAGCCAAACUGGUGGUGACCCCCAGCGGUCUGGGCGAACCCAAGCUACCGGAAGUGUCCCUCACAGUGUCGCCACAGAUGUCACUGGUGGAAGCCGUUCGGAAAGCCGACUACCGGAUGCAGCGCAUGGUUGGGUCAGGUCCAUUGCUUCAGCUGGGUUUUUCUACCUCCCUCGGCUGCUACAUCGUCCGCUCUGUCGAAGACGUUAAAAGCAACCAGGAGCGAGCUUGGAAGGUGUCUGUUACAGACAGAUACGGGAAGUUGGUGUACAGUGACGUGUGUCUGCCCUUACGUGAAGAUCUCACCGUCCAGCCUCGCAUGACCAUCGCACUCAACUACGCCGACAUGAAACGGUCGAUUGCAUGACCGGAUACCGGAAGCCACGUCACGUGUGACGUCACGUCCGCCUUUUAAUUUAUUUCACGUCUUACAUCACGUGUCUGAUGUGUGCAUUUGUUUGCAAUGUCCUAUGUUCGUCGUUUUUUAAAACACACCCGGACCUCAUUUUGCAUUUCAAUACAUCGAGCCAAGUGUAUAUGGUAUUCAAGAAGGAGCUGGCUGUUUGUGACUUAUCAAGUGGAAGGAGGUGACAACUUUUCUUGUGUACCGCCAAGUGAAGCUGAAAUACGUCGGUGGAAUAAAGUAAUUUAUUUUGUA